GCAGGUCGCGGCUAGUGCCUCCGCCUCGCCUGCGCACGAUCACCGUGCACACACGCUCUCACGUUACGAACACUUAUCUAUAAAAAAAUUACGAAAACAAUUAACGCGUAUUCAAAGUGAAGUGAGAUAAACAAUCAGUGAUGUGUGUGAAGGAGUAGAGUAAGGAGACAAACAAUGUGCGGGACCAAAGAUUACACUAUGUUAAGUAGACUAAGGAUGACUUUGAUGCGGUAUUGAUGAAAGUAUAACUAUGGAGGGUACGAGAGUGACGCAUCAGGGAGUGAGAGCCCACUCUGCCGAAGGCUCAGCAGGCAGGAUCACGCAGGCUGGGCUGGCAGCUCGGAGUCCGGAAGGAACUGCGGCUAAGGGCAUGGCCAUUAAAGGCCACGAGGAUUUAUGGGUAGAAAUACAAGCUAAUACCUUCAGGAAUUGGGUUAACGAGACUCUGAAGCCCAGAAAUAUUAAGGUUAUUGACCUUGUGGAGGACCUUCGGGAUGGAACAGUGCUGUGUUCGCUGGUGGAGUCAUUGCAGGGUCGUCGACUGAAAGGAUGGAGUGCAAACCCUACGAAUCAGCAUCAUAAGCUAGAGAAUGUUACCACCGCUUUGCAGGCCAUAGAAGAUGACGGCGUGAAACUUGUUAAUAUCGGCAACACUGACAUCGUGAACGGAAACCUUAAAUUAAUCUUAGGUUUGAUCUGGUCAUUGAUUGUUCGAUAUCAAAUAGGCAGGAGCAAAUUCCCGCCGAGAAAGCUGAUGCUAUCGUGGCUACAGGCAGUGUUGCCGGAGUGCCGCGUUAACAACUUGACUACAGAUUGGAACAGCGGCGUGUUGCUCUCGGCCCUUCUCGACUACUGCAAGCCAGGCGUUUUCCCUCACUGGCGAGAGCUCAAUCGACACGAGGCUGUAGAGAACUGUAGGCGCGCAAUGAGGCUUGCACACCGCGAGCUGGAGGUUCCGAUGAUAUUGGAACCCGAGUAUUUGGCUUCACCUUGGCUUGACGAGUUGUCUGGCAUGACGUAUUUGUCCUACUUUAUGAAACCAGAUUCACCGGGCUUCAGGACAACGCUGGAGUGGGUCAACUCUAGACUAGAAAGGGCAAUUACCAACUUCACGACGGAUUGGAAUGACGGGCGUGUAGCCAAUGAGCUGGUGAGGUCUUUAGGUGGGCCCGCUCCUCCAGCAAGUAGACUUAGACGGGAUCCUGCGAAAUGGGAAGAAAACAAUAAACAAGCCCUAGAAGCUGCUAAAAAAUUAGGGGUCCAACCGGUGUUGUCGGCGCGUGACAUGAGCCAGAACGACGUCGAGCACUUGGGCGUGAUGGCCUGGGCUUCGCAGUUCCGGAAUGUAGCCCCCAGGCCACCCGUGCACGACAUGCUGAGGCUCGCACUUGAUUCCACCUCCGGAAGAGUCGGCGAGCCUACCUAUAUAAAAGUGGAAAGCGUGUCCAACGAUCUGUCUAUAUCGGAGGUGAAGGUUUCCAUUGUGAAUCCGCUGGAACAAGAGUCGAGGUUAAAGUUGGACGCUCGGGGUUCCGGAGAGUUCGUUCCGGAGCACGCAGGAAUGCACGAGAUCGUUCUCACCGUCGACGACAUAAGAGUGGACGGCAAAUACUUCUUUAGAGUAUUGCCUAGAUUGGUCGCAGUUCCGCCGCCGGGGAUGGCCCCGUGUGCAAUUGGCAGCAUCGUUGAAGUACUAGUCAGUGCCACUGGUGCGCCUCGAAGGGAAGACAUUGAUGUGACAGCACACGCCCCGAGCGGUCGCGCUGUCCCGUUGAACGCCCGACAUCCCCCUCCCUCGGCCCCAGGAACCACCGCCUCGAGUGCCACCUUCCAGCCCGACGAAGCUGGAACAUGGACUAUCGCUAUUACCUACAAAGGAGAACACAUACAGGGAGGUCCGUUCACAUGUGAGGUUUUUGAUCCAUCUGGAGUCCGGUUGAGUCCUGGGGCUCUUGAAGGCGCAGAGCCUUUGAAGCCGCACUCUUUCGACCUGGAUACCAGUGGCUGUGGAGUGAAGGGCGACCUUCAGUUAGACAUUGUUCACGAUAAACGAAGCGUUAUGUGUGCUCUAGAGAAGCUAUCAGCGACAAAGUACCGAGCUACUUUUAUGCCUAAGGCACCUGGAAAACAUAGGUUAUACAUAUAUUUUAAUGGAUAUGACGUUCACGGAUCGCCGCACAUGUUCCGAGUUGGCUCCCGCGGUAAGAAGACCCGAGACAGUUCCAGUCCCUCACCGGCUUACGCGAGAAUAUCAAGUCCAGUGACACGUCUGAGAUCCGAAAGUCCAGUAAACCAAUAUAAUUUAUACGAAACAAACACAACUAAACACAAUACAAGCUCGAUCGAUCGACGCGAGGACAGACGAGACACAUCCGACUACUACAGGUCCACCUUCAGUCCAGAACUGAAAGAGAAAACCUAUGACGCCGUCGAUUCAGCGUACUCUUCCUCUAGAGUCAACAAGAGGGAAGGUUUUACUACAAGAUACGGCUCUGAGAGUCCGAGAAACAGGACUGCGAGUCCUAUAACGAGUAAGCAUUUAGGCAACGGGUCUAGACUAGACGCGAAUAGAGCCGGCAGCCCGUACAGGUCGAUGAGUCCAGCCGCCCGCACUACGAGUCCACUCGCGAGGAAAGACAGCCCUUUGAACAGAACUGCGAGUCCAAUUAACAGAGUGAAUAGUCCAUCAGAACACUACAGCCCUGUCACGACAACCAAGAAAGUAGUCGAAAAGCGGUCCAACUACAAAAUGUACAGCUCGUACAGUGGCUCCCAGGACAAUUUGGACGGUAGCCCGCAUUCUUCCCUUGAAGCCGACCGGACGAGGCGACUAGGAAGUCCCGGUACCGGAGAUCCUGGUGGAAAGCCAUACCAAUCCAGAAAUUCCUGGGAUCAAGUUGAAAAGACUAGACAGGCGUUCAGUUCUAACAGUCUUGAUUCGAACAAGGGUGAUCGGUACAAUAGCUUGGAUCGUGAGACGAAGCGGAACACCCAACUCAACAAAUACACGAGGGAUUACAACAGACAGCACGAUCAAUCGCUGGAAGACCGAGACUCUGAGACGUAUACUACCAGGCAAGAAUUCAGUAAGCGAGAGAUCCGCGAGAGCUCCUACGUUGUUCGAGACUCCUCGUAUAGCAGUGUUGAGGAGAAACAACAGCAGUCUUUUUUAUCCAAUAGGCCCCCCCGCGACCCGAACGGGGGGGCCCGCACUGAAACGGACGCAGUACACGGACGUUUCAGACCAAUUCAAAGGGAUAACAAUAGAGGUGCCAGAGGAAUAAUCGUAAAACCGAAUUACAAAGGUGUCGUAGGACAACCUGUUGAAUUUAUUGUGGACGGAAGUACGGCAGGUCCCGGUCAUUUGGAGUUGGAAGUGUCUGGCGGGAACGGGGCUUUAAUAGCGAGUUCGGUUCGGCCGCUCGGUGCCCAUCGAUAUGCCGCCAUGUUUGUGCCACGGAUCCCACGGCCGCAUACUGUACGAGUGACGUUUAACAAUGAACAUGUACCCGGUUCCCCGUGGAAGGUCGAGGUGAUGGCGGGGCCGGUGGGCGGCGGUGGCGGAGAGCCGACCAGACUAAUCCCCGCACGAGUGCCCGCCGUCUUCGAGAUAUCCACAUCUCCUGGUUCUGCAACUUUUACUAAAAAUGAUGUCGGAGUAACAGUCACAUCUCCGUCGAGACGUCCUGUGAACGUCCGAGUUCUGGAUGUUGCAGAAAGACCGGGUCUGUACCGCAUCGAGUUCACUCCUGAAGAGGUCGGCACGCAUUUGAUCGAUGUAUCGAUAGCAGAUGAUAAGCUGGCCGGCGGACCGCUGGUGGCGAAGGUGUAUGACGCGAGUCUGAUUAAGGUCACAGACUUGGGCAACGCCGUCGUCGGACAACAAUGUCAGUUUAAAGUGGACGCGAGCGCCGCUGGAGAGGGACAGUUGGAAAUUUCUAUUAACGAAGGAGAAGUCCCGAAUCAUGUACAGGUUGUAGGAGGAGGAAAAUGUUUGGUAUACUGGCGACCAGAGGCGGCGUCUCCUCACCGCGUCGACAUCAAGUUCAACGGUGAGCCCGUUCCGUCGUCACCAUUCGUCUUCCAAGUAGCACCGGCACAGAGAGUAACCAUCGAUACUUCGCAAGUUGAAUUAAUACCAGUCGGUGACGUAGCGUCAUGUUCAGUAAGAGUAGAAGGUUCAUCGGGUGGAGAAUUGACGGUUACGGUGCGCGGUCCUCGAGGAGAGGUUCCCGUGCGACUCACGGGCGAUGCCGUCACCGGGCUCGUCGCGAGUUUCACACCCAAAAACGUUGGACCUCAUACAUUGACCGCUCACUAUAACAACCAACCUGUACCCGGAACACCAUUCACGUGCAAAGCCUACGAUGGGAAGCUGGUGAGCGUGACAGGAGCAACGUCAGCCCGCGUCGGAGUACCUGUCCAGCUCGCUGUGGACGCCGCGCAGGCUGGAGAAGGAAACCUCGAAAUCACUGUUUCCGCACGGGGACUCAAUAUUCCCACGCAAGUACAUCCACAAGGAAAUGCACGCUUCACCGUGUCUUUCACUCCGACUGAAGUGUGCGACCACAUUGUCAAUGUUUCUUUCAAUAAGAUGCGAGUACCGGGAUGUCCGCUAGUGUUGCCGGUGUCGGAAGGGGCAGGGGGGGCGGCCCGUGUGUCUGUCCCGGGCCCCGCACGGCUGCACCACCCCGCCGCGCUCACACUGCACCACGCCACCGCCACGCUCGACCAGAUCGAAGUCAACGUGGAAGGUCCUAAUGGGGCGUCGGUGCCGGCGGCGGUGUCUUCGGCGGGUCCUGCCGCCUUUCGAGCAGAGUUCGUGCCGCGCGCUGUCGGGGAACACAGACUCAACGUACUUAUCGACUCCGUGCCCAUUCCGGCCAGUCCCUUCCAUCUAAAGGUAUACGAUGUAUCAGCUAUAAGAGUCAAAGAUGUCGCGCACGGUACUGUCGGUAAACCUGUCACUUUUUUAGUGGAGACAAUGGCCGCUGGUCCUGGGAAUUUAGAGGUGACAGUGAAUGGCGGACGGGUACCGACUGCAGCGGCAGCGCAAGGAGCUCACACAUACGCCAUCAGCUUCACGCCGCGGGAUCCGAGGCCUCACACCGUUGAGCUGCGUUUCAACGGCGAUCACGUGCCUGGCAGUCCAUUCGUGUGUCACGUGUCGGCGCCAGCGCGCGUGAUCGGUGCAGGAUCGGGCGAGCCUCCGGAGAAGGUGUCGGUUGGUGACGCGUAUACGUUCAGCGUCGAUUCGCCUACGUCACCGCACGUCGAGGUGCUUGGCCCCGCCAGGAGACCCGUCACUGUGCAAGUAUCUGCUGAAGAAACCGUAGGUGAAAACGAGGCGAGCAAACGGUACACCAUCUCAUUUGUGCCUGUUGAUGUAGGAGAUCACAGUAUUGAGGUUCGCGCCGGCGCUUCGGGUGGUCACGUGGAGGGUAGUCCGUUCUUGGUGAAGGCGUACAGCGCCGCGCGGGUCAGCGUCACCGACAUCUCCCCGGGUGUCGUCGGAAGACCUGUGUCCUUCACCAUCAACGCAUCACAUGCUGGUGCCGGCAACUUAGAAAUUAUCGUAGCCGUUAACGGUCGAAACGUGCCUAAUUAUGUGCAGAGUGAAGGAAAUGCGAGAUUCAAGGUGAACUUCAAGCCGGUAGAAGCGGCGCCGCACACGCUGUCGGUCCGGUUCAACGGUCACGCGGUUCCGGGCUCGCCGUUCACGUGUGCCGUGUCCGCACCGACCGCGGCGCCGGACGCGCGCGCCUCCGGUGCCGGCUUAGUGUCGGCACCGCGCGGUGACCCCGCCGACAUACAUCUCACCGGCUUCCAGACAGCUGAGCCCACAAUUUACGUGACCGGCCCGGGUGGGACCAACGUACGAACCCGUGUAACGCCAUUAGGUGAUGGUCGCUAUACAGCAACUUACACUCCGGAGGCUGUCGGACGUCACAGCGUGCAAGUGACGUGCGCGGGACGACACGUGCCGGGCUCUCCUUUCACAUGCAACGUGUAUGAUGUACGCCGCGUCAGAGUCACCGGCCUUGGACCUGGAGAACUGGAGGGUACAUUAGAAGGGCUGAGUUUGGAUGAAGGUGUGGAAGAAGAGAGAGGUGUAGAAGUUGGUAAGCCAGUGACAUUCAGUGUGGAUGCAGCAGGCGCGGGUGAAGGAACACUGGAACUGGUGGUAUCUACACCCACUACAACAGUGAAGGCUGAGGUAGUGGCUGUGGCCCGUGGUCUGUACGAUGUAACUUUUGUGCCAGUUUCUCGAGAGCCUCAUCGAGUGUCAGUCACGUUCAAUGAACAAGCAGUUCCUGGUAGUCCAUUCAUUUGCCGCGUCAACGAACCACACACUUAUGUACAAAUUGGUGGAAUUGCAACAGUGGAGAUCGACGAGAGCCUUUCAGACGUAGACGUAAUAUCUCCUACUGGAGUGCGUGUGUCUGACGCACAGCUCGAGGACACUGGUCUUCUAACGUUUCCUGCGAGUCGUGUUGGUAGAUAUGUUGUCAGAAGUGCAAAGGGACCGGUGGCGGAAGUCGAGGCUGUUGAUGCCACUGCUGUAAAGGUGUUGUCAAUUGGAGAUGCAGUGGUUCACCGACCAGCUAUAUUGACCGUGAGCACGCACGGCGCGGGUGCCGGUCGACUGUCUGGUCGUGUGUCGUGCGGCGGUGCGACGGUCCCCCACUCGGUGCGUCGGCGCGGGGGAUCACGGCACGAGGUCGUGUGGCACCCAGCGCGUGCAGCCCCUCACCGCCUGACGCUGCUGUGGAGCGGCGCGCCAAUCGACAGAGAACCGUUACUCGUCGAUGUGCAUCCACCACACCAUGGACAAGAGGUGGCAGCUUCUGGUCUAGGUUUAUACCAAGCUCAGGUUAAUAAAGUGGCAUCAUUCAGUAUCGACACCCUGGGUCGACCUGCUCGGGAAUUCGACGUGGUCGUCUCUGGACCUGGCUCUCGAGCACUGCCCGUAAGAUGUUAUCAAACCAAGUCUGGCUUGUUGCAAGCAGAAUUCACUAUUAAUGAAGUUGGACAGAGUACUAUAGAGGUUUUACAUCUAUCCAAGCCGGUAUCCGGGAGUCCAUACACAUGCGAGUCCUUCGACCCAAACAGAGUGAUAGUUUCUGGUUUACCAACUGGAAAUAUUGUUGCCCAAACGCCAAUCAAUUUCAGUGUUGUAACAAAGGACGCGGGAGUUGGUGAAUUAGACGUGGUGUGUGAAGCGAUGGGUGAGCGUCGCAUCCGACUGCCCGUUGACAUCCGAGAGGAUGGACACACACACAGAGUCCGAUUGCGUCCAACUGUACCCUCACAUUACAGGAUUUACAUCACCUAUGGAGGUGCUCCAGUAUUAGGCAGUCCAAUAUCUUUGGGAGUUUUAAGUGGUAGAAGCAGUUCUGCCGCCAAAUGUUCAGGUACCGGACUUGCGCAUGCUCAUGUCGGCAAGGAAGCGGCCUUCACUAUACACUGUGCUGAAGAUACGUCACCAACUGUCGAGGUGGAGAGAUUAUCAAAUGACAAAGAAGACAAUCCAGACUCGGGGUUGCUAGAGUGCAGAGUGCUGUCGGGUGCGCCACGCGAGUGGCUCUGCGCCUACAUCCCUCUGGUCGUCGGUUUGUACGAAGUCAGGAUAUUCACAUCCACUGGACCGCUACCAGGAAGUCCGUUCUCCGUCAAAGUAAUAGAUACAUCAGCCAUAGUACCAGUCGGAGGAUGGGGAACUGAUAACUCUGGACGAGUGCGAGCUCCUUCCAAGCUAGUCCUAGACACGAGCAAUGCUGGGCCCGGUACACUAGAAUGUUUACUCGCUGGGAGGCAUCAACGUGUAGAAACAGUAUCCGGACGAUCAGUAGUCACUCUCGUCGCAGCUGAAGGUAUCAGCGGAGAACAAGAGUUUGAACUUUCUUACAACGGAGCGCUUGUUGCUGGGGCUCCUAGAAAAGCUCUAGUCGCAUCUGGCAACACUGCAGACAGAGUAACUCUUGCUGGCAGAGGAUUGGCACAUGCAGCACCUCACACACCCGCUGUCUUCACUAUCGAUGGUAGUGCAGCUGGUCCGGGAGCGCCUGAAGCUUCACUUUUGACGCCGGACGGUGACGUCGUGCCGGUCGCGCUCGCGCCCGCCGGGCCUGGACUGUGGAGAGCUACUUACACACCAAGACGACCUGGAGACCAUCAACUACGAGUUUUGUGGGCUGGGAGAUUAGUCAAAGGGUGCCCUCUAACGGUGAACGUAGCAACCGGUUCGGAAAGUGGUGAUGCAUCACGUGUGGUAUGUUCGGGAGCCGGACUGACUGGCGGUGUUGUGGGGAGGGAGAUCCGAUCCUGGAUCGAUACCAGACGAGCAGGUCCCGGGGAACUAACGGCCCAUUGUACUGGACCUAACAAGGUAGCAUACUGUGAGCUAUACGAACACGGCGACGGUACGUUCACACUAAAUGUGAAACCGGCGGAGGCUGGACGACACGUGCUGAGCAUACAAUUCGCUGGUGAACACGUGCCGGGCUCGCCGUUUGUGCUAAAAGUGGCUGGAGCUCCAGACCCUUCAAAGGUCCGUGUGUACGGCCCAGGCGUGGAGCCGGGUGUGCUGGCGUCGUUCCAAUCGCGGUUCGUGUGCGACACGCGCGGAGCCGGCGCCGGGCAGCUCACCGUCCGCGUACGGGGACCCAAGGGUGCCUUCCGAGUCGAGAUGCAACGCGAGAGCCAAAAGGACCGCACCAUACUCUGCAAGUUCUCGCCGACGGAGCCGGGCGAUUACCGCGUUGAAGUCCGUUGGGCCGGACGCCAUGUUCCCGGUUCACCUUUCCCAGUCAUGAUCUUCGACACCCAGGAGGAACUACGCCGAUACAUGCAGGCUACAACUACAUAACAAAACAUGUUUCGCCUACACUUCAUUUGUCUUCACACUGCUGUGUAGUCGUUGACACAUUUCUUUGAAUUCAUGAGUCUUAGAAAAUGUGAUAAAACUGAUAUUACAAUUUCAACUGUAAAAAAAUGUAUACAAACAGCCGAUAAUAUAAACAAAUAAUCCAUACAAUGUUUCAAAUAUUUUAUCUAUUAGAAAGCGCUUUCCCAAUACGCAGCUCGUCCUAAUAUUCAUAUGUAAAUACUAUUUUACCAAUUAGAAUUAUUACAAAAAUGUGUCAACGCCAAUUUACAGCAAUAUAGUCUCAAAAUACCAUAAUAUUACUUAGUAAAAAAAUAUUUAAGUUAAUACUGUAGUUCGAUUUUCCUUCACUUCAACAUUUCAGUUAGAGAAAGAACUUUUCAGUUUACUUCCUAAUAUCUACCCAAUAAGUGAUAAUGUUCAAAUAUAUGUCUAUGGCAUUCUCGUUAAUAUAUACAUAUAAAAGGAUCAAUGCAUAUUAAAUACACAGAUUAGUUACACCGAUAUUUUAUGGUGACCUAUUCGAUAUAGAUUUUAUUGACGAAAGAGUUUCUCAUAAUUCCGGAACUAUUUUAAAGUUCAGAAAUAAUUUGUUUUUAAUAAAUGAUAGCAAAAUUACAUGGCCAUGAUAAUUAGACAUUCUAAAUUGUAAAAUAGGAUGCCAAAAUA